AUGUCUCACUUCACAAGUGAAGAUGAAGCUCUGUUACAGUCUAUGCUUAAACAGUUGCUGCAGAGUGUGAAGGAAAAAAUCACUGGAGCCCCAUCGGCAGAAUGUGCAGAAGAGAUUCUCUUGCAUUUGGAGGAAACAGAUGAGAGUUUUCACAACUAUGAGUUUGUGAAAUACCUUAGGCAAUAUAUAAAUAAUACUGUGGGAUCUGUGAUUGAAGAAGAAACAGAAAAAUGUACUUCUGCUCAAAAUCAGGGUGAAGUAUCUGGCUAUGACACGCUUGUCCAACAUGUAACUAAGAAGACCCGUGAAUCGAAAGAAUACAGGGAAAUGAUGCACGCCUUGAAGAAUGUCAUGAUGGUUGUGGUAGAAUCUUUGAUUAACAAGUUUGAAGAAGAUCGGAUACGUAAUAAGGAGCUGGAUAGUAAAACAAAGAAAGAACGUCAGAGUGGCUAUUAUACAGACAACUGUUCUGACAGUGACUCCUCGUUGAACCAAAGUUAUACGUUCAUGAGUCAAGAACAGUUGCAGCUGCUUGUAGAAAGGCUUGACCCUAUUCAGCCUAAGGAAGUUCGCCAAGAAGCAUUGCAGACACUGUGCUUUGCCCCUCCCUCUGAUAUACUGAACUCUGAGAGCUGGCCAAAUCUGCGUAAGCAUCUAACGAUGUCUCUGUCAGAUCCUGAUGCAACAUUCAGUGAGAAAAUUCUUAGAUUCUAUGCAAAAACCUUUUGUUCUUCUCCAUUUAAUAUGACAAGAGAAGUCUAUACAAGUUUGGCAAGACACUUGGAGUUGUACUUUCUUUCUGGAGAAUAUUCUCUUCGUAUUUCAGCUGGCCUGGAUGUAUCUAACACAGAUAUAAAUCAUUUACUUAAAAAGGUCCGCCUUUUAAAUGAGUACCAAAAGGAAGCUCCCUCUUCCUGGAUUCGUCAUCCAGAAAAGUACAUGGAAGAAGUAGUGGAGAGUACCUUGUCACUUUUGUCAGUAAAACAUGAGCCUAAUCAUCCUGCCUCUCCAGAUUUUUUGAGUCCAAUCUACUUCUUGGCUCUGCUAGAUAUCAAAGCAAUAUGGUUUAAAAAGUGGACGCAUGCGUAUUACAGCAGAACAGUGGUACUUAGGCUUUUGGAAAAGAAAUAUAAAUCUUUGGUUAUUGCAGCUGUCCAGCAAUGUCUUGAUUAUUUUGAAUUUUGCAAGGCAGCAGUUAAUAAAAAUUCCAGAGUCAAUGACUUCUCCCAGCAGCAUUGUAGUGAUAAGCAGAACUUUUCUUACACUGGACCUGAAUUGCAGUACAUCUAUUUUGUUCAUUCGCUAUGCCUUUUAGGAAGAUUGUUGAUUUAUAAGCAAGGCCGAAAUCUCUUUCCAGUACAGCUGAAAAAUAAAAAAGAUAGUGUAUCCAUAACCGAUCUGUUGGUAUUAUUUACUCAGCUUAUUUAUUACUCUCCAAGUUACCCAAAGGCAGCUUUGGCAGCGCAUACAGACAAUUAUUCUCCAGCAAGUCUUGUUAUGGAGAUUCUGCAAGUUUUUUGCGAUCAAACAGAAUGUGCUGCUGAAUGUUUAUAUACGGAUGCAGUGAUAGAUGCCCUACUUCAUCCUGUUCAAAGUUUACUGAGUGGCACAGAGGUGUAUAUAAAUUGUCUUGAAACUACUUUAAUUGAUGUAGCUGAUAUUUUGGCAAGGAUUGCUGCUGUAGAAGAUGGUCUUUCUCUUCUUCUAUAUGGAGAAAAUGAAAAAACUGCCAAAGAAGAUAGUCCUACAGCUGUUCAUGUAAUUGUUCAGUUUACAAAGAAACUUCUUCGUGAUGACAUUGCUCUUUUAUCUGGAUCCGAGAAUUUGCCAGUUGUUAAAGGAGCGUUCAUUUUUGUAUGUCGUCAGAUGUACAGAACUUGUGAAGGCCUGCAGGUGCUAAUUCCUUAUGGCUUGCAUGAAUCUAUUGGAGAGGCCUGGAAAAAGACGAGUUUGCUUUCAGAAAGAAUACCCACUCCUGUAACUGGCGCAGACUCAACUUCAUCAAUAAGUCUAGAGUCAAAAAACAUUUUGUUAUGGGAAGAGACUUUGUUAGAUGCCUUGCUAAAUUUUUCUGCCACACCCAAAGGACUAUUUCUGCUUCAUAGUUCAGGUGCCAUGAAUGACUGUGUGAACUUUAUGUUCAGCAGUUUAUCAAAAAAACUCCAGACAAACGAGUAUGAAGAGUUUGGUAAUAGAGUGAUUGUUACACAAAUGGCAACAACACCAACAGGUGCAGUAGCUCUACAGAGUUCAGGCUUUAUAAAGGCACUUGUAACUGAAUUAUGGGCUCUUUUGGAGUGUGGAAAAGAUGAUUUGAGAAUAACCCAACCCAAAUCUACUCCAGUUGACCCUAUUGACCAAAGCUGUCAGAAGUGUUUUCUGUCUCUGAUAAACUUGCUCACUUACCCUGCAGUUUUUGAGCUCCUGAGUAAACAAGAUAUACCAAAUAAACCAAUGUAUUCACUCCGCGAAGUACCUACAGAUAUUAUUGAUAUCAUUGACAGGCUUAUAAUUUUGAAUUCAGAGGCUAAAAUUCAUUCCUUAUUCAGUUAUGAACAAUCACAUACCUUUGGUCUGAGGUAA